UCGGUGUCUCCGUGUCUCCUACAAAAGCAGAAGGCUGAAAGGCUCUCCAUACUCCAUCCACUCUUCCAUAUCGCUGGGUUCCCACUGUGAUUUCUUGUUGGUUCCCGGCUGGCAUUCUUCGUGAUCGUGCAGCUGCGGCAGUGCGGCGGCGUGGAGAGAUGAGGAGCAAGAAGGCGAAAGGCAGCAGCAGCAGCAGCAAGCUGGGGCGGUGGCUGGGCGCACCGGUGCGGGCGCUGUCGCGGGCGUGCGACUCGUACGUGCGCCAGAUGACGGCGUGCGCGGGGCGGAUGCCGACGCCCGCGGGCGCGUACGGCGGCCCCGGCGGGUUCGCGCCGAUUACCAUGGAGGCCGCGACGUUCAGCUCCCGCUCCCCGCGCCGCGGCGGGGACGAGGAGGAGGACCUCAACGAGCUCUUCCGCGCCCUGUCCCUACGCCAAGCCGCAGCUUCGGUGGCGGCGACGACGACGGUCCCGGUCCGCAGCCGGAGCGUGGCGGUGGGGCGGAUCGACGAGGACGCGCCGUGCGAGUUCUUCGGCGCCGACGACGACGUCGUCGUGCGCGUCGGCGGCGGCCCCGCCGUGCGCAGGGCCCGCAGCAUCGCCGUCGGCAGCGCUCGCCUCACCGCCCGCGCCGGGUACUACGGCGCCGUCUACAAGCCCGGAGCGGGCGUCGUGCGCGGUUGAUCCGGCGUCCGCGGUCGAUCCGUUCGUCGUCGGCAUCGUCGGCGCAUGCAGGCAUGCAACGGCGGCGCCGGGCGCCGGCUAGGCGGCAACGUCCUAUGUUUCUUACGUGUGCAUAACUAGCUUGACUUCGUCAGCGUUCGUAGCUCUUAGUACUGUACAUCAUCUUAGUUGUUCUUUCCAGUUUCCUUCGUGAUGUUUGUUUAGUGAUCAGGAUUUGUCACGACUUUAAUUUGGCGGUGGCGGCCAUGGGAGCAAAAGGGACACACGCGUAUGCGUGUGAAAGAUUGGAACGUGUGUGUAGGGAUCUGGUGUACAAUAUACUACAGCUACAAUCUACGUACCUACCGGAGUAGCUAUUGUUAACUCGUACGAAUCGGUCGCCAUUGUUUCACCUUCGGAA